CUAGGUGGUUUUCAAAGGAACUAAGACAGCUUAUUUCUCAAAAAAGGAGAGCACACUACACCUAUAUUCAGUCCAGAUCUCAGGCUGACCUCAAUAUUUUUACUAGACUGCGUUCAGAAUGCAAAAAAGUUCGGGAGGUUUGUUGGUCUCAGUAUAUCUCAUUGAUGGAUAUAGAAUUCAAAUCAAAUCCUAGAUACUUUUGGAGGUACAUAAAGGACUUAAAAACCAACCUUUCUCUUCCCCAAACAAUAAUAUACGGCGAGGAUAAAGCAAAUGAUGGGCAAGAGAUUGUUGAUUUGUUCAAAAAGUACUUCCAAACAGUGUACACCCCAAGUAACCCAGAGAACAAACUCGACCUUGGAACACCCACAAAUAUUUACCAAAACUAUAAGUUUUCGGAUAUUUCUACAAAAGAAAUAUGCGAAAAAAUAUCUCUUUUACCUAGUAAAAAUACCCUUGGUCCCGACGGUGUUCCAAGUAGCCUGUUAAAAUAUUGUGUAUGUACCCUUGUGGUUCCACUAAGUUUAUUAUUUAACAAGUCUUUAAGAUCCUCAAUUUUUCCUGAAAAAUGGGAAGAUAGUUUUAUCACGCCCAUCUUUAAAAGUGGGAACAAAAACGAUGUUACGAACUACAGGAGUAUAUGAAUUCAAUCAUCACUUCCAAAAUUGUUUGACAGUAUUAUCAGCGACCAAUUAAACUGGAUGUGUCGUGGGCUAAUAAAUAAGAAUCAGCAUGGCUUCUGUUCAGGUCGUUCAACUCUAACUAAUCUGUUACCAUAUCAAUCAAAAAUAAUUAAAGCUUUGGAAGAAUUCAAGCAAGUUGAUGCAGUUUACACAGAUUUUUCAAAGGCUUUCGAUCAAGUAGACCAUAAUAUUUUUCUCAGGAGAUUAUUUGAUAUAGGGUUUGAUGUUUCGGCUGUAGGUUGGAUCAAAAGUUUAUUGUCAGAGCGUAGACAGAUGGUCAAAAUAGGUGCUUUUAAAUCGGAUGCAAUAUGUGUAACUUCUGGUGUUCCCCAAGGGGGGCACUGCUCCCUAAUGUUUUUCAAUCUGUUUGUGGACUCAAUUUUUGAUUGUUUUGCUGAUGAUUUCAAAGCCUACAGAAUAAUGAAUUGCCAAACUGAUCAACAACUGCUGCAGGACGAUCUUGACAGAUUAACACAGUGGCGUCACAUUAAUAAAUUAAACCUAAAUAAAUCAAAAUGUUGUCUAAUUAGUUUUUUUAAGGGUUCCAGAAAAUAUGACACUUCUUACGAACUGUGUGGGCAACCAUUAAAAACUGUAUCAAAAAUAAAAGACUUGGGAGUAAUUUUCGACAAAAAUUUAACAUUUGUCGAUCAUAUUAACUCUGUCACAAUACAGUCAUCCAAAAUGUUGGGUUUCAUCGUGAGAAAUUGUAGACAUUUUUCUGUUGACACUGUCAGAAGCCUUUACUCUUCAUUAGUCAGAUCUAAACUUGGGUAUGGAUCAGUGGUGUGGUCUCCUUACCAAGCUGUCCAUAAAUAUACUGUAGAAAAGGUUCAGCAUAAGUUUCUACGAUUUUGUGGAUUCAAAUUAUAUAUUGGGAUCUCUGAUCAUAAUUAUUCAAUUUUGGAAAAACAACUGGAUUUGAAAACACUUUCAGAAAGGAGAAUCUGUGCUGGAUUAUAUUUUUUGCAUAAAAUUGUUACAGGGAAAAUUGAUAGUGCUGAAUUGUUGGAGUCGGUUAACAUUGAGAUUGUCACACGAAAUAGGAGACAUAACUACUCUUCUUUUCAUAUACCCUAUCAUCGAACAAAUUAUGGUAUGAAUUUGCCUAUAGAAAGAUACUCGAGAUAUGUUAACCAACUUCAUUGGGAAAUAUUUGAUAUGUCUGAGAGUGGGUUCAGGGCUCAAUUUAAUAGAAUCAAUUUCAUAGAAUAAUUAAUACUUUAGUUUAGUGUAAAACUUUAAUUAUAAAUUUAGGGUUGUAAUGUUAAUUGUUGGUUGUUUGAACAUUGUUGCAGGUUGAAUUAUUUUUGUUGUUUUUUGAUUAUAUUUUUUUCUCAAUCUAUUACAUACAUCUUACAUUUUACUAUUUGUUAAUUGUAACUGUUAAUGGGGUUUUCCCGUAAUAUUAAUAAAUAAAAGAAAAUAAAUAAAUUAUCCAAACUUGGCAAAACCAUUUUUUCAAAUACUUUAGAUAAGGCUGACUGAAUACAAACUGGCCGAUAAUUUUUGAUAUCACUAUGAUCUCCUGCCUUGAAAAUAGGACACACAAAGGAAUGUUUCCAUCUGUUCGGGAAAAUUCCCGUCUGGAGAGCUUUAUUAAGAACAUAUACUAAUGGUUCACACAAGGACACUGUGACUUCGAGGUUACUAAUUUCCACCUCCAGCUGUUGUGAGAAAAUUUCAUUACUCUCCAGGUUAUCCAGAGAUUUACCAUUAAAAGUGCUGUAUACAGUACCAAAAUGUUUCGCAAACAACUCUGAUAUUUUUUGUUUGUCAUUCUCACUUUCCUCACCUAGAAACAUAGAGCCAGGGA